AUGUAAAUUGCUAAUUAUAAAAUUGAACUUCCCAUCUCUUUGGAUUAAUCUUACUAGUAGUUAUACCGAGGAUUCGAUGACAGCAAAUAAUCCCACUACAUUAAUAUCUUCCCUAAGUCUGAAUUGGAUUCUCUGAUGUAUGAAAGCAUAUCAAAGAAAAUUCAAUGUUACCACUACAUUAAGGAUGCAUUCGAAGAUGACAAAAAUCUAAUCAUUUCUUAUUCGAACAGCAAUGCUUGGAUUAAAAUGCCUUCUAAAAUUACAAACGAUCAAUUAAACACAUAUCUGAAGCAAUUGUAUGAUCUCUAUUCGUUAGAUAUUUUAGGAUUUUAUGAUUUCAAUCCUGACUUCCUUUACAUCCAUCAAAAUACAGUUUAUAUCACUGAUUAUGGAUUAAGAUAUUACCUCCACUAAAUUAAAUACCAACAAUUAUAUAACAACAAUUAUCAUUAAAACUAGUUGAUCAAAACUUGGAUGUUUGGCAGUUUGCUGUAUUGUGUGACAACUGGAACAAAAGACCCAAGUUUUCUAAUUAAAUCCAAUCAAAAGCAAAUCAAUUUCCACAUUGAAUAUAAUUGUAGAUAGAAUAAUAUUAGCGAAGACAAUAUAAAUUUUAUUAAGAUCUUACUUCGAGCAGAUCAUGACAUUCGUCCUGCAUUUGAUCAACUGGCUAACCUGCCCAAACUACAAAAUAGACAAUUUGUUAAACUCUAUUCUCAACCCUCCUCCAAUCAUAACAAACAGAGAAUAAUCAAAAAACUAAAUAAUAAUGACUAGUAAAUUCCCAAAUCCCCAAACACGCAUACACAAUCAUAGUUUGCUUUUAGUAGACAUCAUAGCAAGGUUAAGUUGGCCUUGAAGUCGAAUCUCUUUUAUUCAUCCUAAAAAUAGAUAAAGAAUUCCAAAUUAAAUUAAUAUCAACUUGCUUCACAAUUAAUCAAGUCUAAAGUGACUCAAAAACAUGGACAAGUUAUCAAGAAUAUUUCAACAACAAAAUCUUUUUAUACUCAAAACCAAGUCUAAAACUAAACUGCCUUAAAUGAAUAAUCUCGCUAGAAUCCCAGAAUCAAUUAGAAGAAACUAUCAAUAAACAUAGAUGUUGUCAAACCAAGUAGGACUACGUCUGUCAACACAAAAUCAUUAGAUUAGCAUUCAGUUGCUGAAACCAAUCCAUUGCCAAUUAAAUCUAUUUAAGAAAAUAAAUUCGAAUUCAGAUAAAAACCCAGAAAGAAUUAAAUUAAUUCUUUUGAGUAAAACUUUUACUUUAAAGAAGAAGACGAUAAGUCCGAUUUCAGUUUUUGA